AUGUAUUUUGUAUAUCUUACACCUUUGGGUGCUGGAAAUUAUCAAUAUGUUUUCAGAAUUACAAAUUUGUAUAACAGAUAUAAUGAUUUUAAUAUAAUUGAUGUGUAUGACCAAUAUCGUUAUUCUUCUCUUCAUUUUAUCCACAAAUAUUCUCAGAAUCCCGUUAAUUCUGGAAUUUUAGCUAAAAUUCCGAGAUAUUGGAUUUUAAAAAUUCCAAAAAACGAAAACAUUGAAGACUAUGCCUCUAGAAUUAGGUUUCAUUAUCAGUUUAACAGUUUUUUAAACCAUUUUAACAAAAGUAUUAAUCAUAAUUUGAGCUUUGAAAAUAGGAAAGGUGAUUAUAUCGCGAAAUUGAGGAACUUUGAUGAAAAUCGAAAACAAAACGGAUUAAAUAAUAUCGCAAGUGACGUACCGAGUAAAAUGUUAUGUGUAAUAGAAAGAAGUGUAUCGCAGAAGCUGAGAACAAUGUUUGAAGAGUUGUUGAUUCCGAGCGGUAAAUACGCUAACGAUAGUAACAUGGGACCUGAUAGUAAUAGCACUGUUGCAAUAAAUGGUAAUGAAAAGAGUAGAACGAAUAAUGAAAUGAGGAAGAUGGAUAGAAAUAAAAUGAUGGUAUUCUACGACGAUGUGUUGGAAAAAAGGUAUUCGAUGGAAAUAGACGCAAAUUCUAUCGAGAUAGUGGACGCGAAUGAUUUGAUUGACCAUGCUACUGAAUCGAAGGCAAAAGAGACGUUGAGGACCAAAAGAAUAUUCGACAAUGAUAGAUACGAAUUUUGCUCUAUCGAGGAGGAUCUGUUUAAUAUUGACAGGAUUAUUGAAAUCGGAAACAUAGGUGAAAAUGAUAGAGUGAAUGGAGUUGGAAAAGGUGGCGGAUUAGAAAGCUGCACGAAGGACAAAGGGGACGUGAAAAACGUAAGUAUUGAGAUAAAGUUGAAGUGCGGAUUGAAAAAUUUUAAAAAAUACCCGAGCAUGUUUGAAAUGAACCAAAUAAACAAGAGGAAUGUGAAUUACAUAAUGUCGAACGGAACGUCAAAGGUUAGGGGUAAGCACGAGUCUCACUAUGACCCGUGUAAGUUUUUUGAGUUGGAUCGGGAGUCGAUCAGGGAGGAAAUGAUAAAGCUGAUGCAAAUACCGCAGAAUAACCUGAGAAUGUUCGUAAACAAUUAUCAAAUAGCGCCAGAAGAACUGUUCGGAAGUGAACUGAAGAGAAGAGUAAGGAAAGGAGUGGAAGCAGAUCAGGCUAGUGGGAUCUGCUGCACUGAUGAAUUCUCGAACAGGAGAGCAAGCAUGGAGGAAGGCGGUGACGAUUUGCUGGAGUUGGUGGUUAGAUCGAUCGUGGAAAACAGGAAGAAGCUCGUAAUGGUGUCGAAACUGCAGGCGCUGGCAGCAGGACAGCAGUUGGUGGCCUCAGCACUGUACAGCAUGUAUAGCCUGCUUCUGAGAAUGGGCGAGUUCACAAGCGGCAGCAGGGAAAGAAACAGAGGUUCCACAAAGGGCAGGGAAAUAGAAAGAGAUAGUGUCAUGGGAAAAGGGAUGGAGUUGGUGCAUUUGAUGCACAUUAAACUGACGAGCGUGUUGAACAGUGAGAGACGUUGUAGUUUUAAAACGAGCAACGCAAAUAUGGCAGUGCACAGAGCGUCAAAUGAGUUUAACGCCAAUAACCAUCGUCUGUUUAAGCUGUUGAAUGAAGUUGUCGCUUGUUUGCUAGGUUCCUCACCGAGUGGCAGUGGUAGGAAAAACGGCAGUGAUGAUGAAGAGAACGUGCCUCUAAAGCGUAGUAAAAUGGGUAGCACAGCCAGAAAUAGUGGAAUACAUCUGUUGAUACUGGAGGAUGAAGCGAUAAAGACAAUAAUGAGAACAAUAUAUUACCGGAAUAAAAAGGAGAGAGUUGAGAGAGGGCGCAGUAUCAAGAGGGGAAUAGUCUCGGAGAGUGAGGUGGAGAGAGUCAGGGCAUGGAUAAGCAUGUACCUCUACGGAAGAGUGGCAAUGGACCUGUCGAUAAUAGUGAACAUAUUGUACUCAGGCCGAAAGAAUGAGCCAGGAGGGUAUAGAAUGUUGUACAACAAAGUGUCGUUCGUGGACCUUGACCUGAAAUCGAAAGACAAGAUAUACAAGUGGGCAAUAGGUAGACAGCGGCAUAGACAGAUACGUAGAGCUAAGUAG